AUGCUCAAAUUCAGUGAACGCCACCAGCAGAGACUUGUUCAAGUUACGGAAUCAAACAUAACUGAAUUGAUGGCCUCAGUCGACUUCAUCCUGAUGGGCUUGGGAGGAGUGUAUUGGCUUGGUAAGGAUGUCUUUCCUGGGAGUGGUAAUGUAGCGGAGGGCUUGAAGAAAAUUGGACAGCACAUUGUAUAUUUCACAAACAAUGACAUGCACACAAGAGAAUUUAUCCAAAAUCAGUUGACCAAUCUUGGAAUCAAAGAUGUUAAACCAAACGAGAUAUGUUCGUUGAGUCAUGCUACAGCAGUCUACUUGAGAGACCACUUGAAGAUUUCGGAUGGAGUUUUUUGCCUUGGACCGUCAGCUCUUCUCUCUGAACUCAAGAACAAUAACGUGAAAGACUGCAGAGAUGGGAAGCCAUUUGAAGAUUUCCUAUUUGGAAAUGAAGUUCAGUAUCUUAUAUUUUGCUCUGCUUUUUCCUUUCCCCAUUUCAUUUGA